AUGGGUGACAACUUCCAAAAUAAGACCAUGGCACCGGUCAUGAUGGAUUACGAUUUUAAGGUGAAGACUCAGAACGAACGUUCUAAAGUGGAGAUCUUUUUGACUUCGAAGGAUGUAAAGUUGGCCGUGGAACGUAUGGUCACGUGUAUAAGGCUAGACGAAAAGAUGGCAAAAGCUAACAAGAAGUCCGUAAUGGUACCUAAAGGUAUGGUGAAGAGUCUUCUUUAUCAGAUAUUGGAUGGCAUACACUACUUGCAUUCCAAUUGGGUAUUGCAUAGAGAUUUGAAACCAGCCAACAUUCUGGUAAUGGGUGAAGGUCCGGAGAGAGGCCGGGUUAAAAUUGCAGAUAUGGGUUUUGCUAGACUGUUUAAUGCUCCAUUGAAGCCUUUAGCUGACUUGGAUCCUGUGGUGGUCACAUUCUGGUACAGAGCUCCUGAAUUAUUGCUUGGAGCUAGACAUUAUACUAAGGCAAUCGAUAUAUGGGCGAUUGGGUGUAUAUUUGCGGAGCUGCUUACAUCCGAGCCUAUAUUCCAUUGUCGACAAGAGGAUAUUAAAACCAGCAAUCCAUACCACCAUGACCAACUGGACAGGAUAUUUAAUGUAAUGGGAUUCCCACAGGAGAAAGAUUGGGAAGAUAUUAGAAAAAUGCCUGAACAUGCUACAUUAGUUAAAGAUUUUAAAAGAUCCAACUACCAAAAUUGUUCACUAAGCAAAUACAUGGACAGGCAUAAAAUAAAACCGGAUAGCAAGGCUUUUAGUUUACUGCAAAGACUUUUGCUGAUGGAUCCUAAUAGGAGAAUAACAUCGGAACAGGCUAUGCAAGACCCAUACUUUGCCGAAGACCCCUUGCCCACACAGGACGUAUUCGCGGGAUGUGCUAUUCCUUAUCCGAAGAGGGAAUUUUUGACUGAUGACGAUCAAGAAGACAAGAGCGAUUCAAAAGCUCGGCAGAAUCAGCAGCAGCAACAACCAAAUGUGAGUUCUAUUAACCAACUUCAAAAAAAGGAGGUCCUUCUUCACCUUAAAAUGGUAGAAGGACAAACCAGGACUCAGCAAAAUCAAGUGCAAGCAAACAGUCACGACCACGGAGCCAAUAACGCGAAGAGGAUGAGAAUGUCAGGGCCAAAUCAAGGCAACAACGCAGGUGGGGGUGGUCAACAGGAGUUCCAUCAACAACAACAGAUGAUGUUUGGCGGCCAACAACAGGGUGGAAGCUCGCAACAACAGGGCAACUUCCAACAAAGAUUCUAAUGUAUAUCAUUGUAAUUUAUACCUUAUAGUUUAUGUAAUAUGUUUCAAAAUAUAUUUGAGUAAUUUAUAAUUGUAUAGUAGGAUUCGAAAAUAAUGUCGAUAUUAAAGACCUGUGUAGGUGA